AUGGAAGGUCAUGGAGCGAAGCAAGCGGAUGAUCCUUGGGCUCCGAAGAGGUUUCCAUCAGGUCGAGCUAGGAAGUGGCUGAUGAUUGUACUGGAGACAGCACUUGGGCCUUUAGAUGCUGAUUCUGAAGCAGCAGAGUCGGAGACGCGGUCUAAGCUGGACUAUGAUGUCCGCUUUUGGCUGGGAGAGUCAAAUGGAGACGUGAGGAUUGUUUUUACCCUGAAAAGUGACCGAAAGACACCGACCAUGAUAAUUAAUAAAUGGGAAUUUCGCCAUGAACAGCCCCAUAGAACACAGCACGUGGAAGUAAAGAAAGGGGAAAGCGGCCAUGUCGCAGUAUCUGGCGGCCCCCUGAUAAUCGAGUUCGACAAGCUCUUCCUUCUACAGCUCAACUUCCCAAAGGAAACAGAUAUCGAGCUAGAUGCGGAGACAUUGCGAUCUCUCGCAAUCUCAAUUUGGGAAACACAGGAAUUAUGGGACCAGCAGCAUUAG